CAAAAGGGGAUCACCGCCUACUUCAACUUGAAGAAUACACAACGAAAACACGCCCAACACAGCCAAUCACAACAGAUUUACCGAGAUGAGUGACAGUUUGUCGAUGGAGUAUGCGAUUGCCUCGAGCUCAGAGGACGAUCUGAGCCCAAUGGCAUCGCACACAAGCGUGGCGGCCCAUGCUGGCGAUGCUGCUGCUGGCGAUGCUGCUGCCACUGUGAAGGGUAGAACAGGCACUGACGACACCAUCCACUUGAGAAUGCCGGAUUUCAACAAGAGGCCGCUGUCGGACACCCCUGCUGGGUCCACCAGCACCUCGCCGUCGGUAUCUCACGACAACUCUGAGGACGUUUCCAUGGAGAACUCGCCAGAGUUGCAACCAACGACACCAGGUGGUGUGUCAACAAAGGCCAUUGAAGAGUCACCGCUGCUGGCGGAAGGAGCUGUUUACUCCUGUGAGGCCAGCCAUAGCCAUCCGCCGCCUGUUCUGAGGCUGCCCAAGAGACGUGGAACUGCCAUCAACCUGCCAGGUGUGACAAAGUCGAUAUCAAGCGUUCAACUGCAACAGCAGUACGCUGAGAACGAGGCGGCGUCGAAGUUGGUGAUUGUGAUGGUUGGUUUGCCAGCUCGUGGUAAGUCGUACAUCACCAACAAACUCACGCGCUACCUGAACUGGUUGCAACACGAGUGCCGCGUGUUCAACGUUGGUAACACCAGAAGAAAGGAUCCACAUGUUGGACAGAGCUUUGGUCCUGCGAAGGAGCCCUUAACUGAGGGCGAUAACGCGCAAGCACACCAUGGAACUGAGCAUGAUGCUGCGUUCUUCAACCCUGAGAAUGAAGAGAGCACCAAGAUCAGAGACAAGUGGGCCAUGGAUACCUUGGACUCGCUGCUGGACUUUGUCUUGGAGGGAAAGGGCUCCGUGGGGAUCUUUGACGCUACGAAUAGCACCAAGAAGAGACGGAAACGUGUGUUGAACAAGAUACGUGAGAGGAGCUCGCUGAUCAAAGUGCUUUUCCUCGAGAGUAUAUGCUCUGACCCUGUGAUCAUCCAGAGAAACGUCCAUCUCAAGCUGAGUGGUCCUGACUAUAAAGACAUGGACCCGGCAUUGGCACUCAAGGACUUCACGGAAAGACUGCACAACUACGAAAAGGCGUACGAGACGUUAGAGGAUGAUGAGGACUUACAAUACAUCAAGAUGAUCGAUGUUGGCAAGAAAGUGGUGGCGUAUAACAUACAAGGGUUUCUGGCAUCCCAGGCGAUUUACUACCUUUUGAACUUCAACUUGAGCGAGCGCCAGAUCUGGAUUACAAGACACGGUGAAAGUGUCGAUAAUGUUAAGGGACGUAUCGGUGGUGAUGCGCCUCUAACUCCUCGUGGUGAGAGAUUCUCCAAGGCUCUGGCCAAAUUCAUCCAGCACGAACGUGUCAGGUUUAGACAGGAUCAAGUUAAGAGAUACACCGAGAUGAUUUCCAAGGGAGAGUUUGAUUCCAUGCCAGCGGAACCGGAGUUCAACGUCUGGUCAAGUAUGCUCAUGAGAGCUAUUCAGACUGCAGACCACUUCCCAGAGGAUCAGUUCGAUAUCAGAGAGAUUAGAAUGUUGAACGAGCUGUGUGCCGGUACCUGUGAAGGAAUGACCUAUGAAGAAAUCCAGAACAAGUAUCCACAGGAGUACAACGCUCGUAUCAAGGAUAAGCUGAGAUACAGGUACCCGGGUAUCGGUGGUGAAUCGUACAUGGAUGUUAUCAAUAGGGUUAGACCGGUUAUUAACGAGGUGGAGCGUACCACUGACCAUGUUCUUCUUAUAACCCAUCGUGUCGUUGCCCGUGUCCUGCUUGGCUAUUUCAUGAACCUCAACAGAGAUGCAAUCACCUCUUUGGACAUACCACUUCAUUGCAUCUACCUACUGGAACCAAAGCCAUAUGGUGUGGAAUGGUCCAUGUACGAGUAUGACGAACAAAAGGACUGGUUCUAUAAAGUUUCAGAAGACCAGAUGCACAAGAAGAGAGUCAAAGAAGUCGGUGUUGCCUUCCGUGAGCGUAAGUACUCUGUGGUGCCUACUGCCCCACCACGACUCGGUUCUCAUUCCAGCUCAUCUGGCUCCCCUCUGGUUAGUUCUAUAAGAUCACUAAGCCACUCUGAAUCGCUCAAGAAGGCAAGGGGUAUUUCUGAGCGGGUUCCGAUCCCUGAUAGAGGUCCUAUCCCGGACAGAGUCCCUGCUUCUAGCCAACAGCAACAAGUUGCACACCUUGAAGCGUAUAAGCUGAGUGAAAAGUUAUCCAAAUUGAAGGCUUCUGAGUCGAGAUGAUUACUGGUUUUGUCUCUUCUACCGUGAUGUUCGCUUUAAACCAUAC